UGGAUUGAGACUAAAACUGGAUCUGGAAUGUCGAUGAUUAUUAACGAUUUUCGGCAGCAGCCAACCCAAUAAUAUGCAGCAGAGGCUUAGGGCCAUUCGGAUUUUCUCCCAGAUCCAACGAAAGUGGAGCACAAAAGGGGCACAGCGCGGCGCAAGAGCGGCAUUAGACGGAGAGAGGGAGAGAGUGAGUGAGAGUGUUUUUGCAAAAGGGCAGUCAAUGAUGGCAAUGAUGAUGAGGCUGAUGUGAAAGGUCAACACUCUAGCCGAUCGCGCAGAGAGGCAGAGAGACGUGGAGAGUAGAGAGAAAGAAAAGGUAAAACGAAACAAUGUGGCCUUCAAUGAGUCGUGCUGGCAGCAGACCCUGCCUCUGCCACAAGUUCAGUUCAGCUCAAUUCAUCUCGUCGUCGGAGAGAUUAUCGCCUGCACUUGCCACAGCGGCCGUCGCGUCGCACCACUUACAUAACCUCAACUUCGGAGCUCGAGAGCUCUGCUCCAAGCGCGCGUAUAAAACGGCGCGCAGAGACGAUUGCCGAAUCAUUUCCAGUCACAUAGUUCGUAGCCCAGCAGCCGGUGAGCUACAAUCCAAAUCCCUGGCAACUUUCGACAUCAGGAGAAAUGGCAGCUUGUUUCAUUUUGAGCGCGCUCUUGCUGGCCAGUCCGGCGGUAUGGGGCAAGCCCUCAUUUGGACGGGAGCACGUCCACAUUCGCAUCCACCUGCCCGAGAGCGGGGGAGAUCAUCACGGAGGCGGUGGUGGCGGCGGAGGCUAUGAGAUUCACUCCCAUGAUGGUGGGCAUGGAGGCGGUGGUGGCGGCGGAGGCUAUGAGAUUCACUCCCAUGACGGUGGGCAUGGAGGAGGUGGCGGCGGCGGCAGCUAUGAGAUUCACUCCCAUGACGAUGGACAUGGCGGUGGAGGAGGUGGAGGAGGCCACGUCAGUACCUAUGCCAUUAUUACCGAGAAUCACGGCGGAUCUGGUGGCUACAGCUCUGGCGGGCACGGAUCCGGAGGAUACAGCUCUGGCGGACACGGCUCCGGAGGAUACAGUUCCGGAGGCUACAGCUCUGGCGGACACGGCUCCGGAGGAUACAGCGCUGGGGGACAUGGCUCUGGCCACGAUGAUGCUCAGAUUGCGGCAAUUGCAGCUGCCGCUGGCUCUUCCUCUCACGGUUCAUCGGGUGCUGGAGGAUACAGCUCUGGCGGACACAGUUCCGGAGGCUACAGUUCCGGUGGCUACAACUCCGGACACGAUUCUGGUCAUGCUAUAGCUAAUAUUGCGGCUAUUGCAGCUAGCGCUGAUACCUCCUCCCACGGCUCUUCGGGUGCUGGCGGAUACAGCAGCGGAGGCUACAGCUCGGGAGGCUACAGCUCGGGGGGAGGCUACAGCUCUGGCGGACACGAUGAUGCCCAUAUUGCAGCCAUUGCAGCUAGCGCGGGCUCUGGCGCUGGAGGAUACAACAGCGGAGACUACAGCUCCGGGGGUUACAGCUCCGGCGGACACGGCUCUGGGGGCUACAGUUCCGGCGGAGGAAGCAGCUACGAUAGCCAGGUGGUGACUGCUGCUGUCGCUUCCAGCGGAGGAUAUAGCGGUGGCUCUCAUGGCGGUGCAUCCUCCGGGGGUGGGGACGGUUACAAUUACUCGCCCCCCGCCGUCGGUGGCUGGUCGGGAUCUGCCUCCAACUGGUCGUAGGGGCCGUUUCCUUCAUUGGCCAUCCGGCCAUCUAGUCUAUUGCUCAUUCCCACAAGUUCACCCGAUUCCAUUGGACUUUUAACUUAUAAUACUCGUAUGGCUCGUUCGCUCAUCCACAUUCCACAUGUCCACAUCUGAAGGAGGAACUGCUCCCUCCCUCACUGCCGCUUCCCAACGGUGCCGAUGUACAAAAUAAACCAUGUUAGUGUAAUAAUUUAACUCA